UUCCCCGCCCCUCCUGCCCGCCUUUGAAGAAAGUGAAAGUAAAAGGGGGAAGUGGAGGCUUCAGGGCUGAAGAGAUCGCAGCGCCAUGAAGCUCCUGUCCCUGGUCCUCACUGUGGCUUUGGGCCUGGAGACUGCCGUCUUGGCAGGACCAACGGUACUGGAGUGCUGGUUUGUGGAGGAUGCGAAAGGCGGCGGCCUGACCAAGAGACCCGCCGCACUGCUGCUGCGCCAGGGCCCGGAGGGACCACCUCCCCGGCCGGACCUCGACCCCACGCUCUACCUCAGUGUGCAUGACCCUGCGGGAGCCCUCCAGGCAGCCUUUAGGCAGUACCCCCGAGGCGCCCCCGCGCCACACUGCGAGAUGAGCAGCUACGUCCCGCUCCCCGCCUCCGCGAAUUGGGCCAGAGGCCUGACCCCGGAGCACAGCUGCCCGCGGGCCCUGGACGGGACUUGGUUCAUGGUCAGCAUGUCCAGCCAGGUCCUCAGCCUCUCCAGCCUCCUGCAGCCACAGCCGGAGUCUCAGCAGGAGCCUGUUCUCAUCACCAAGGCAACAGUGGUUCUGACUGUCCUCACCCACACCCCUGCCCCUCGAAUUCGACUGGGCCAGGGUGCCAUGCUGGACUUGAGCUUUGCCUAUAUGCCCCCUACCCCUGAGGCUGCUACAUCCCUGGCCCUGGGUCCUCCUCCCUUUGGACUGGAGUGGCGACGCCAGCACCUGGGUAAAGGGCACUUGCUCCUGGCUGCAACCCCUGGGCUGGGUGGGCAGAUGCCAGCAGCCCAAGAGGGGGCAGUGACAUUUGCUGCAUGGGAUGAUGAUGAGCCGUGGGGCCCAUGGACUGGGAAUGGGACCCUCCAGCUGCCUACAGUGCGACCCUUCCAGGAGGGCACUUAUCUGGCCACCAUCCACCUGCCAUACCUGCAAGUACAGGUCACCCUGGAGCUUGCCGUGUACAAGCCCCCUAAAGUGUCCCUGACGCCAGCACCCCUGGUAUGGGCUGCCCCGGGGGAGGCGCCCCCAGAAUUGCUCUGCCUCGCAUCCCACUUCUACCCCUCCGAGGGCCUGGAGGUGGAGUGGGAGCUCCGCGGUGGCCCAGAGGGUAGCUUACAGAAGGCCGAGGGACAGAGUUGGCUCUCCACCCUGCGCCACCACUCUGAUGGCUCUGUCAGCCUCUCCGGGCACCUACAGCUGCCUCCUGCCACCGUUGAGCAGCACGGGACCCGCUAUGCCUGUCGCAUCCACCACCCUAGCCUGCCUGCCGCAGGGCGUAGCACCGAGGUCACCCUGAAGGUGGCAGGCCUCUCCAGGCCCUCCCUAGAGGAUGGUGUGGGCCUCUUCCUCUCAGCCUUUCUCCUCCUCGGCCUCAUCAAGGCGCUAAGCUGGGUUGCUGCCUACCUGCCCACUUCCAAGGAUUCAAAGGAAAAGAAAGUACAGUGAGGGCUUUCUUAUCACCAGCACCCUGCCGAAGCACCAUCAUCUCUGGCCUGAGCUGUGGCAGUAGCUCCCCCAAAUUGUGUCCCUGUCAUCUGCUCCUACUCCCUCCAAAUCCAUUCUCCACUGAGUGACUUGAAUGCUUUUUUAAGGUACAAAUCUUAGUACAUUCACAUUCUUAGAACUCUAGUGCAGUGGCUGUCAAACUUUUUGGCCUUGGGACCUCUUAAAAAUUAAUCGAGGACCCUAAAGAGCUUUUGCUUAUGUGGGUUAUAACUACUGAUAUUAAACCAUACUAGAAAUUAACACUGGGCGGGGGGGGAGAGAAUACACAAACACAUAUUCUAUUGUGAAAACAAUGUCAUUACACAUCACGUAACGUCUGGAAAACUACUGUGCACUCUCAGAGAAUGAGAGCGAAAAAGGCAACUAACAUCUUAAUGUUGUGAAAAUAGUCUUGAUCUCGCACAUCCCCUGAAAAUCUCAGGGACCUCAAGGACAGGGACAUUUUGAGAACCACUGCUCUAGGUGGCAAACCUAGCCUUCCUGCCCUGGCCCAUGUGUUCCUGUCGCUUGGGGCCCCUACCUACCUCCAACCCCACCUGGUACUCCUCAGCCCUCCUCUCAAUGCUGAUCGCACCGACUGCCGGGUCCUAGCGCGCUGUUCCCUUGCCUGGUCCAUCCUUGCCCUCCCUGAGCCCCCGACUAGGUCAGCCCCGUCAUUCCCCUCCAAUCGCCUAUCGUCCCUCUUGUACGGUUCACCACGGUUGUAUUUAAGUGAUUGUGCGAAUCGUUGUUCAACGCCAGUCUUCCCUCUGGGACUGUUGGCUCAAGGGCUGAAGGAGCCACUGCUGUAUCCCUCGCGUGGGCACUGGACCUGGCGCCCUCUGGAGGGCACUCCUCAAACGGCUGCUGGAUGCUGGAUGAAGAAAGCGGCGGCCCGGCUUAGAGACAGAUCUCUGAGGGACAGAACGUUCGGCCGGACUGAGGGAGGGAGCGGUUCUAAUCGUGUGCGAAUAAAGUUGUGCUGCUGUGGUUCCAA